UCUGGAGAGUUAGAGCUGGAGUGAGACAAAGCAGGCCGGCUGGCCGGGCAGCGCCAUGGAGCUGCGGUCCCGAGUCCUGCUCUGGAAACUUGUGCUUCUUCAGAGCUUUGCUGUCCUUCUGUCCUCAGGGCUGUCUGGGCCCCAGACGGCCGGCAGCUCCGUAGUGUCCGAGUCAGCCGUGAGCUGGGCGGCCGGCGCCCGGGCCAUGCUGCGCUGCCAGAGCCCGCGCAUGGUGUGGACCCAGGACCGGCUGCACGACCGCCAGCGCGUGAUCCACUGGGACCUCAGCGACGGCCCGGCCGGCGGCUCGCCGCGCCGACUCGUGGACAUGUACUCGGCGGGCGAGCAGCGCGUGUACGAGACGCGCGACCGCGACCGCCUCCUGCUGCCACCCUCCGCCUUCCACGACGGCAACUUCUCGCUGCUCAUCCGCGCGGUGGAGGAGACAGACGAGGGCCUGUACACCUGUAACCUGCACCACCACUACUGCCACCUCUACGAAAGCCUGGCCGUCCGCCUCGAGGUCACCGACAACCCCCGGGCCGCUGGCGCGCACUGGGACGGCGAGAAGGAGGUGCUGGUGGCGGAGCGCGGCGCGCCCGCGCUGCUGACGUGCGUGAACCGCGCGCACGUGUGGACCGACCGGCACCUGGAGGAGGCGCAGCAGGUGGUGCACUGGGACCGGCAGCCGCCUGGGGUGCCGCACGACCGCGCAGACCGCCUGCUCGACCUGUACGCGUCGGGAGAGCGCCGCGCCUACGGGCCGCCCUUCCUGCGCGACCGCGUGGCGGUGGCGACGGACGCCUUUGCGCGCGGCGACUUCUCGCUGCGCAUCGACCCACUGGAGCCGGCCGACGAGGGCACGUACUCCUGCCACCUGCACCACCACUACUGUGGCCUGCACGAGCGCCGCGUCUUCCACCUGAGGGUGACCGAGCCCGCCGCAGAGCCGCCCCCGCGGGACUCGCCGGGCAACGGCUCGAGCCACAGCGGCGCCCCCAGGCCAGAUCCCACGCUGGCGCGCGGCCGCAGCGUCAUCAACGUCAUCGUCCCCGAGGGCCGGGCCCACUUCUUCCAGCAGCUGGGCUAUGUGCUGGCCACUCUGCUGCUCUUCAUCCUGCUGCUGAUCACUGUCAUCUUGGCCACCCGUCAGCGCCGCCGCGGAGGCUACGAAUACUCGGUCAAGAAGUCGGGGAAAUCAAAGGGGAAGGACGUGAACAUGGUGGAGUUUGCUGUGGCCACAGGAGACCAGGUUCUUUACAGGAGUGAGGACAUCCAACUAGAUUACAAAAACAACAUCCUGAAGGAGAGGGCUGGGCUGGCCCACGGCCCUGUGCCUGCCAAGUACGUGGACUUGGACAAAGAGUUCAGGAAGGAGUACUGCAAAUAAGGUGAUCCUGGGCUCCUGGCUGGGCCAGCAGCUCUGCCAUCUCCUGUCUGUCCGUCUUGGAGGACGUCCUCCUGA